CUGCACAUAGUACCUGCUAAAGAGCUCACUUCGGAUGAGAUCACCAAUGAAACAAUUGUUUCAACUGUAGAUAAUAUUCGACAGCUGUACUUCAUCAAGGGAGAAUGGCCAAAGAACAAUAUCACCUAUUAUGUGAUCGGUGGUGGUAUUAAGACUGCAAUUAUCCAAGAUAACGUCGCUGCCACGAACGGUAUCGUACACUAUAUCGAGCGAGUGCUAGGUGUACCCUAUCAAUCACUAUGGGAAAUUCUGAGAAAUGAGACGCGACUACAGAGAUCGUAUGAAAUGCUGAGAAAUCUGCAGCUACGAUAUGCGCUAGAUCCAUGGCAAGUGCUAACCCCCGAGCAAAACUUCACCUUUUUUGUACCCACCAACGAGGCGUGGGACACAAAGGUUGCUCCCUCAUUACGAGCUCGUAUGAAUGACGGAAAUCAUUGGUUAGCGUUACAAUACGUCUUCAAACGGCAUGUCAUACAAGGACAGGCUCUGAUGUAUACAGAUCUCCGUGAAAGAACCUAUGUAAUGAUGAAUGACGAAAAAGUAGUGAUCAGAAGGAGAGGACGAUGUGAGUUUCUCGUGAAGGAUUCAUAAUU